CCCACUACAUCUUCACAACGAUUUGUGUAAGCGCCGACACGACUCAUCAAUUAUCGGCAAUUUCCAAUGAAGAAAGGUUCUCCCUUUCUGGCGGUAUCAUGACCGUCUUCGGAAGCUCCUCGAAGAGCAAUCGGGGUUGCGACUCGCCUACAAAGCGGAAGCGAGCUGACACAGAUCCGAUCCUUUCUAACAAGCGACCUCGACCAGAAAACAGCCCCAACCCUUCAUCGACCGAGGAUGCUAGAAUAUUACAAGCCGUGGAGUCCAAAUACGACGUUCGAACCCACUCGAUAAUCUCAUCAUCCAAGAUCCAGAAAAAGGUGACUGCGAUUCUUCAACAUCUUGCUUCCCCUGCGACAAAGACGACUGUAUCUAUCCUACGCUCCAAAGCUUCCGACGCGGGCAAGUUAGUCUCAAUAGCCGAAAUUGCAAAGCGGGAGUUAAGAGAGCAGGCGGGCAAUGAGUGCGUUUGGUUUCAGUACGUCGCGAUUGGGGAGGAGCUCAAAGAAAUACCAAGAGAUGAAGGUAAUACUAUCAUUGAGGAGACAAGGCUCGGUAACGACGAUUUCGAAGUCAUGAAGACCCCAUUUGAAAGAGCCAUUGAAGGCCAGCCCCGCUUGAGAGGAGUCCCUGUCAUAAGUUUAUUCCUUUGCCGAGUCUCUAUCGAGGAAUUAAAGAAGCGAUAUGGAGAACAGACAAACACAUCUUCGACAUAGCCAGCUAAGUGGUGCUAGUAUUCUCGCCGAGAGAUGUAGCAACCAAUACGAACACCAAUUAAGGCACCUUGCAUCAGUAUGAGGAACCACAGG